UGAACAUUGGACAUCGUGGAAGAUGAAGGCGUUCGUGAUAUUAUGUUUGGUGGCUACCGCCGUUGCCAUGCCAACGGCCAAAGAAGAUGGUGUCAUGGAGAGGUUCAUCUCUACUCUAAGAGAUUGCGUGGAAACCGACACGAUGCUGUGCCUUAAGGAGAAGGCAAUGAAAUUCACAGACAAUCUUGCGGUGGCAAAGGACUUGAAUUUAGUUGAAGGUGUAACCUUCGCAAGGACUGGCAGCCCAAGAUCUGCGCGUAGCUAUGAACCUUUGGACACAGAUCCUAAAGCCAGGGAGAUGCAAGUCGAAGAAAGGAUAAUGGAUAACGUAGCCGAUUUCUUAGAAAAUCACGCUCUACAAUUAAGAAUGCCGAAAUCUUUCAUCGAAGAUAACUCUGUCGAAGAGGAAGGUCGUGGCAAGAAGAAGAAGAAGCUGAAGAAACUCCUUCCCAUCUUAGCUCUGAUUAAACUGAAGCUCGCUGCCUUAGUGCCCCUAUUCCUUGGUAUCAUUGCCUUCGCUGUGUUCAAGGCUUACCUCCUCGGCAAGAUAGCUUUCAUCGCUGCUGCUUUUGGAGCUUUGAAGAAGCUUUUAGAAUCGAAGAAGAAUAGUGGCUGGUCUGAACCACCUCAUGAAGAACAUGGAUGGGAAAGUAGCGGCGGUUGGGGAAGAUCCCAAGAUGCUCAAAACUUAGCAUAUGCAGCCCACGCUAAGCAAUCAUAGAUUACAAUCUAAGUUAUUUAUUUAUUUAUUCGUGUAAUCUAAGUCUUGAAACGUUUUUUUUAUCACGUAUUUCAAUUUUAUUUCUUCUUUUAACCACCGUUUAUGACACGUUUAGUUUGUGUGUAUGAAAGAUGAUUGUAUGAAUUUUACUGUACAGUAUUUUACAUCAUUUUUUUAUGUAUGUAUAUUUUUUUGUCUAAGUCCAUGACUGAUUUUACUUUAGUUUAUGUAUAUAUAUAAUUAUGGUAUAUAUGUAGUAUAUUUUUUAUUUACAAAAUGCUCUUUUUAUAGGAGAUAUUGAGUAAUACUGGUUGUUUUUACCAAAUAUUUAUUUUUUAAGUUUUAUGUUCCAAAGAUAUGAUUUCUUUAAGUUUUUUUUUCUCAUAUAACAACGAUAGAAGUAUGCGUGCAUUGGAAACGAGUCAAAUAUUUAUUACCGAUUUUAAUAUAUUUAUCAUAUGAAUGUAAUUUAUAUAACAUAUUAAAUUGCAAUAGAUUUAUAUAAGAGAAAUAAAUUGUUUAUACAAGAA